GAUUCAUUAACACUUUCUCAGCCUGUGUGUGUGUAUGUGCUUGUUUCAUAACAGGUUUUAUUGUGGCGUAGUUAGACAAAAAAUUCACCCUGCACCUGUUGUACUGUUUUCAGUGCAAGCCUGCGUUUUGGGCUUUUUUUUGCCCCUUUAACAUUGAGGAAAUUUUUUGCAAUUCAAUUGCGUCGAAUUUUGGACCCACGAACACAACAGAGAAUCACAAGUGGAAAAUGGGAAACAAUGCGAGUACCAAGGCCGAUGCCGAUGGAAGCGAACCACCGCUGGAUGGUGGGAAACAUAAGCAACACCAACAUAAUCAUCAUCAUCACAAAUCCAGCACACAACAACAAUCAUCUAACAGCAACAACAAUGGUAGCGAUGCUAUUGUUGUCGGUAGUAACAGCGGCAGCAAUAACAGUCUCAAGGUGCAGUCACAAACGCAAACAAUGACAAGAUCGGCAUCGGGCGCAGAUGUGACGGAAAAAUACUUGACACAAUUGGUGCCAGUGGACAGGCUGGCCGAAAUAUUAAAGGAGCAGACGAGUGCCAAGUACGGCAUUAAUGGCAUUGUGUCAAAUGUUUUUGUGUCUCAAGUCUUUCCACAAUACACUGAUUUGGGAAACCGUCUAUUCCAAUUGAUGCACGUCAACUCGAAGGCAACAACAAAACAUUUGGGAACUGUCGCAUUUCGACAGCAAUGCGAACGAUUCUUGGGCAUUAUGGAUGAUGCAAAGGUGCUGGAGAGUUACAUCAAGAUGUAUGCCCAGGAUGAUAAUCCCGAUUUUAUAGAUAAAACAGGCGUCACACGACUUCUGCACAUUUGCUAUACGAUUGCCAUGCAGCACUCUGGAAAUGCAGUGCUUUGUACAGCCAUAAAUCGCACAUUUGGCUCGGUGACCAAGUCGAUAUUCUUUAGCCACGAUAGCCUCAGUUUGGGCUUCGUUUGUCGCUGGUUUGAACAGAAUCUAAUACGUCUGGUGCUGCUCGUGCACAAGUACUGCGUUCAUACGCUCUCUACGGCGUAUCGCGGAUUGGAGCAGCAAUCCCAAUCGUGCGGCAUUGAACUGCAAACUCCGGUGCUGGAGCAACGAAAUCCAUUUGCAUCCACGGAUGCCACAGAUCACAGUCUGCCGGUCAGUCAAAUUGAGUCACUUAUGCCGCUCUCACAAGCCUGGCUAUUGGCCGGCGCCUUGCCCCCGCUGUACUCGAAGCCACAGACAGUGGCUCCACCAAAUAGCAGCAACAAUGUCAGCGCCUCGACAGCUGUGCAAAUCUUCAAAGAGAAACUAUCAAUGAUGCCAUCACACUGGACGCUGCUGUACGAUUCCAAUGAGCAUGGUGUUGGUGCUAAUCGUUUUUUGCAUCAUGUUCUUGGCUAUCGCGGACCGACGUUGGUCCUGCUCCACACCAAGGAUGAGCAGACGUAUUGCAUUGCGGCGCCCAGUGAGUGGAAGGAGACGCAUUUGUUUGUCGGCGCCGAGGGCAGCUGUGUCAUUCAGCUGUUGCCAAAAUUUGUGAUACUGGAGAAGAAGCCCAACAUUUUGUACCUUAACACCAGCAUACGUGGCUAUCCAAAGGGUCUGCGUGCUGGAGCUGAUCCGCGCAAACCCAUUAUAGCGGUCGAUGAACAUUUCGAGAAUGUGGACUGCAAAGGCAUCGCUGCUGGCCUUAUGUCCAUUGAGGUUUGGGGAUGCGGCGAUAAAUCAUCACGCGAAGUGCAAUUGGAUAUUAAGAAAUGGCAAAUUAAGGAAGCGGAACGUCAGCGUACAGUUAAAUUGACAGCCGCCGAUUGGAUGGAUCAUCCGGAUCGUUAUCUGCUCGAGCUGGGCGGCAGGCAGAAUUACAACAAUUAAUUGUUAUUAUUUCAGCUGAAUGAUAAUUCUGCGUGUAUUUGAUACGAAAGCAAUCGAUGUGCCUUUUAAUUGAAGCGCGCUGAAAAUUACGGGGAAUAUUUUUAAAAAUUUAUAUAUGCUGGAAUUGAUCAUUAUUCAUUUGUUCACGCGCAGCACGAGAUGGUUAAACACUGGACUGAAUUUGUUUGUAUUUUGAUGUUAAUUAUAAACUUCUUUCGAUUGGAAUUGAUUUCGAUUGAUAUUCUUUUGAUGUAACCUUUAUGACAUUUUAAUUGUACUUGAUUACGUUUUUGCACGUACUUAAAAACAUCAAAUCAAAAACAACGUCCUUGUCG